AUGAAGGAACCGGAUGCGGAUGGGAGUGUCCCCAUCGAUAGGCCCCAGGAGAUGUCGAUGGCAACACGGGAAGUGCAAACGCAGCAGACGGAGAUAGCGGCCUCGAUCGUUCGUUCCAGCCUGGCGGAGAUUGAAACCCAAGCGUCCGCUAUGUUGAAUCACCUCGAGUACGUAAGGGGUGGGCAAAAGCAAUUCCAACCGCAACAGCAACCGAGCAGGGAUUCAUCCGACGAAUCGCCGACAGCGUCGUACGGACUUAACCCAACGAAGAAACCACACACUGAGGUGCUUGCGUCGCUGGAACAGCUACUGACGGGUUUGCUCGCCGAAGAGGAUGGUAGUGCGGAGCAGCAAGAGUUUGUGUUGCCCCCGCUGGAUGAAGCAUCGCAUUUAGCGAUACUGCAACACUCGACUGCCGCCUAUCUAAGUGCUCUCGAACGUCAUCAGCUGGCACGGGUAGUGUCCCGACUUGCGACCGACACGGUCAGAUGGCUCGGUGGAUUAUUUAAAUUUACCGAAUGCCACGCCAACUACUGUCGGGACGAUGCCGAAUGCACACUGCAAGCGAUCCGGCUUGCGCUCGUCCACCAGCAGGGGGAAGCACGUGCUGAAGCGCGACCACCACCGUCCGCCCACACUAUCUAUCUGGCCGAGCUGAGCCAGCUCUUCACUGUGCAGCAUGCGUGCCGGUACCUCGGACUGCCCCUAUCCUGCAUUCGUGUCGUACCGUGCCAGCGAGCGGAAGACGCACAGGAUGGAUGCGGCGGGCGGAUGGAUUUGCAACAGCUUAACAACAUGCUCACAAUGGAUGAGGCCGCCGGACGGCAACCACUGCUGCUGCUCGCUACCAUCGGUAAUCCGCUCACUGGUGUGUCGGACGAUUUGCUAUCGCUCAGCUCUAUCUGUACCUCACAGCGCAUAUGGCUACACUGCCAAGGUCUCGGGCUGGCUGGGCUUGCCGUCACUGCUACGUGGCUAGACAAGUCUAAACGGUUGCCCAACUCAAUGACGCUCAGCCUAAACAGUUGGCUCGGUUUGACCGGUGUUCCAUCCGUGCUGGUGCACAAAGCACGCACUUCCACCGCCAAACCGAGUACCGUCUUCGACAGUGAUCCGAUCCUAUCCAACCGUGUGUCCUGCUUGAGUGUUUGGUCCGUCCUGCAGGCCCUCGGUGCGGACGUCGUGAUAGAACGGAUCUUCUUCGCUUUCGAAUCCUGUCAGGCACUCGGCAAGAUACUGCUCCAAUUCGAAGGCAUCAACGUACUGAGCAAGGUGGCGGUUCACGAUUCCAGUGAACAAUAUCGUCAUGAUCUUGAAAGUUCUGCUAACUACGACAUUCUGUUCGAUCAAAGCAUACCGGUGCUACUGUUCCAGUUUGAUGGUCACACGGAUAGGCGUAACCGGACGGAACCGGAAUCGGAACAGACAGCAACGAAAGAAGCAGAUGCAGAACCGAAACCCGACACGCAAAACGUGGAGAAAACCGUAUCCAACGCCCAGUACUACGAUCGCCUUAACAGUUGGCUGGGGCAGAUCCUGUUGCGUGACUGUGGCCAGCUAAGCCUGGAGAUGAUCGAACAUGAGCAGCACGGUAUCUGCAUCCGGUACUGUCCGUUUGUGCCCGGGUACAGCGAGCAGGUGCCACGGCUAACGUCCGACAUGCUGGCCACGUUUGCCGGGUGCAUCGAAACGCAGAUCGAAAUACUGCACUCGACCAUCCGGCACCGGGCAAGGUUCCAGCGACUGGUCGCUGAGAGUGGUGUAUUGCGGCUGAUCGAGCUGCAUGAUUGGGCCGGUCUCGGCGGUGUGUAUUACGUGCCCGAAGGCUGGGAAACGCUGCUCACCGACCAGGCAAAGGGCGAGCUGAACAAGCUCAACACGGCGCUGGUCGAAGCGCUGCAGGCAACCGAUAGUGCAUUUUCCCACGCCGAAAGUAGCGAUGGGUUGAUCUGUGUUAGAUUCGGUAUGGUAACGAGCGAGACGGAUGUGGAGGAACUGCUGGAGCUAGUGGUCCACACGGCGCGCGUGGUACAGGAAAAUUCCAAAAUCCUCGACACGAUGUCUGAAAUACUGAAGAAAGGCAUCGAGGCGGCCACGAUCGAUCUGCAACGGGAGGCAGAGGAAAAGCUUUGGCAGGAGGGUAUACUGCGUCAGGUGCCGCUUGUUGGGCGGGUCGUGAAUUGGUGGUCACCCCCAGCGAAGGAAACCGGCAUGAAGGGUCGCAGCCUUAAUCUUACGCAAGGUGUCGUCGAAAGUACGGAAAACAUUUACAAGUAUCACAUGCAGAUGACGCCGAAAACGUCCCAUCAGCUACCAGGCAAUAAGGGCCCACCGGCUCCGCUCGUACAGAAAGCAAUCAAUGCUGAUCCGGACGAACGUUCGGUGCAACAUUCGCGCAAUGCCAGUUCGAGCAGUGAAUUAUCUGGUACCGGGUCAGCUGGCCGUACCACCAUUCCUGUGCUGGCGAAAACACCCCACUCGCCCACACAGCAGUCACACUCGUCUCCUCCACCAGCAACGAAACCUUUAACGCCGCCGAAUGGGAACACGGCCGUUGCAGAGCCACAGCUUACAUCCACACCGAACGAUGGUGCUACAAACGAACCGUAA